AGGGAGAAUGAGAUUUGGUUAUGGCAGCAGCGGGAGCGAGGCGUCGGAAGAUGGACGGAAAUGCAGCCUGGGAGGAGGGAAAGGAGGAUGUGCGAUCAUAGGUGACCCAUUCGAUGCGGACUCUGGCCGGAAAAGCCUUGUCUUGCAGUACACUAAGGCAGGCAUGUUCUCGAUGUCCAAGAUCGGUCUGGUUCAUCUCGGGGAGAGUUUGGAAGCGUACAACGAAGCGGACAUGGCAAGGAAGCUGAGAGACGUCUACGACGUCUUCGUCUUCAACAGCACUUGGUGCUGGAGCCAAGACGGGUUCUACUACACCAACGGACAGAAAGUGAACAAAGAAGGCAUGCUACCUUACUCCAAGGGUGACAGGUUGACGCUGCUGCUGGAUACGGAUGAAGGCAUGUUGCGAUUCGGACUCAAUGGCGUCCUAAUGGAGAGAGCUGUUGAGAAAAUUCCAGCUGGAGUUUGCUUUGCAAUUUCGGGUUGUCACGCGGCUUUUGAGAUCGUAAGCUUUGAUGACGGUCUGCUGGAGAAGGAGAAGCAAAGAGCGGCAGCGAGGCUGUAUCGUUUGCACAAGAAGGCGUUCUAUGAAGUGGAGCAGCUAGGAACUAGAGCAAAGAAUGAACUUGAGAAUGGAAAGUACGAGCAAACUCUGGAGCUCGUCUCGAAAGCCAUCACUGGGUGCAGCAAUGCUGGUGAACAAGGAGCAAUCAAA